UAUCUGUCGAGAUUAGAAGGAAUCUUUGGGCUCGCAUAUAUUCCCACCACUCUCUAUCGUCUUUCCUUCCCGGGUUUCAUACUUUGCUGCAUUCUCACUCUUCGAUUUCUCUGCAACAGGGUUUUUCGUCCUCUCCGAUCUCGUUUCGUUCCCGUAGAAGAAUCGAUCAACAAUAAUGACUCGGGGUAACCAGAGAGAAAAAGACCGUGAAAGGGCUCAGGCCAGAACAGGCGGUAAAACCAAGGGAAGUGGUGAUGGGUUGACCCCUGAACAGCGCAGGGAAAGAGAUGCAAAGGCACUGCAGGAGAAGGCAGCGAAGAAAGCAGGUCAGGAUGCUGGAGGAAAUAAUGCAGGCGGAAGCAAAAAAUAGGCAAUGGUUUAAUGAUUGAUUUGUGUUUUGAGGUGUUGGCUAUCGACAUGGAAUUUAUGAAAAUAUUUGUAUUGCAUGUUCUGAUAAGGGUUUUGGGUUUAGAGUCAUAUGUGAUUGUUUAUUAAUGUAUUUGUGAUAAAUGAAGAAAUAAUUGAUGUUUCCUUGUAAGUUAUUGAUGUUGGAUGCUGAAUCAGUGACUUGUAUCUUGGUUUUGGGUACUAGCAUUUUGUAAUGAUCUCGUGUUCUCUUCCCUAUCUUAUUGUCUCAAUGGACCUAACCUAGUUGCGUUUG